CGCCGGGCGGGGAUCGUCAUCGCCAUCGCCAUCGUCAUCGUCAUCGCCAUCUACAUCUGAGGAGGCACCGGCAACCAUGUCGGCGGCACAAGCGCUGCCAAAGGAAACUGGGGGWGCGACCGGUGGUGGCGAGGACGAUGCAAACCUAGCGGCGGCUGCUCCUCCUUCUACCAAUACGGCGGAAAGAUCGUCUGCCGACGGGUCCGAAUCACCGAACGCUGCAGCCAUCCAAUCCGAGCAGGCAAGCGAACACACAACAACGGAAACCGACACGAAAAACGGGGUGAUGCAGUCCUUUCCCCCCUCCCACAUCCUCGAAGACGGGCGUCUCAUCUACCUGCCGCCUCCGAACGCCGCCGAGCGAUUCCGGUUUUUCGAGCGAUCGAUUGCCCGGCACGGGCUGCUGCAGGCCGACAUGGAGAAAAGCGACGACACCGACGAGASCAAAGCGGCCGCGAGCAAGGACGUCCGGGCCGUGCUGGGAGAGCACGGCGGCGGCGAAGCCGAAGAGGAGGACGGAGAGACCGACAACGACAAGACGGCUCCGAAGGUCCACCCCCUGGCCAUUGCCUCGGCCCGGCUCCAGUCCAACGGCCUCAACGAGCUGAACCGGGCCAUCAACCUCGCCACGCUGGUCAGCACGGGCGAGUUCUUUUCCUACACGAACAUCGUGGACCCGUCCUUCGAGACCGACGCCACGGUCGCCGCCACGGCCAACGCCACGGCGUCCUCGGCCAAGCCCGGUGGCGAGGCCUCCUCCGCGGUGGCCGACUACGACGCCGCGGCCAGGGCCGCCACGGGCCAGCGCACCGAGRCCCUCUUCUCCCUCAAGCGCAAGCGGGCGCAGUUCGAGAGGGCCACCGAGGUCCUGGAGCGGCACGAGGCCAGGCUCUGGGCGGGCGUCAAGGCCCAGCACGUCAUCGAUCGGCGCCUCUUCCAGCUGCGGCAGCAGUGGAGGCUCGUGGCCCCGGAGCACGGGACGAGGGCCAAGCUGCACGCGGCGCGCACCAACGAGGUAGGAAGAUGCCCCACGACGGAACGACCGYCGGUCUCUUCGUUUGCGUUUGCGUUGGUUUUUGCGUUGGUUUUUGUUUGAUUUUCGUUUUGUUUCGUUCUGUUCCGUUGUUCACCGAUCUCUGCUCUUGCUCCUGCGUUUUCACACACGCGUACCCUGCCACACCGCSAUUCAGGUCAUUGCGGUCGAUGUCGAUGUGUACGACCGGGAUCGGGUGCACGGAGGCAACCAGGCRCUAAUGGGCGGCAGCAACAAGUCCAGGACCGGGCUGGCGGGGCGAUUGGCGAGCCGGGUGCCACGGUUUGCCACCAUUGAGCUGCGAGACGAUUUCAGGGUGCCGGAACGGACCGACGGGGAAGGAGACGGCGAGGAGAAAAAGGACGAAAGCCACAACGAAGCCAAAGACAACGACGAUGUCAACAAGAAAGCAACGGACGAAGCUGGUGAUUCGGCCUCUUCUUCCGACACAACURUUGUUGCUGGAAACGAAUCCAGCAAAGGAGACGCCGCAAAGGAUCCCUCCGGCGACCAAGAAAUGAAAGACGCGGAGAAAGACGGAUCCAGGGACGAYGGGAACAGCAAUGCCGACAAGGACGAUGAAAAAGACGGUGGCAGUCCGGAAACGGCGGGCGGCGGAGAUGCGGUGAUGRAAGACGCAACAACGGAAACGGAUGACAAGGGUCGGAACACGCCGGYAUCGUCGCCUUCCGACAAAGAAAUCGAGAAGGRCGAAUACGYCGCGAGAUGGACGAGGGCGGAACCCUUUGCGGUGGCCGAUCCAACCCUGGGCAGGGUGAUCGAAAACUUYGAUCCGUCCAAGAUUCCCAUGCUAAAUCUGCAGCUGGACAUUCAGAAAUCGUCCACUGGAUUCUUGCAGUCCGCUUACUUGGAGCCCAUGACGACACUUUCCAGUGCCAGGGACGGYGACGAUGCCGCAAAGAGCGUUGGAGACAGCAACAGCAACGACAACAGCAACAGCARCARCAACAACAACAACAAUAGCGACGAGGAACUGCUCAUUUCCCUCCAGCAUUCUCUCUUUUGCGCGAACCUCUUCGAGUCGAUGAGAAGCGAGCUCGAUCCCGACGCCAACGCCGGAAACCACGCCCCUCCGAGGGGAAACUCGUUUUCUGCACGGCGCCUCCCAAAGGCCCMGCAGAGCACGGYCUGGCUGGCCUCGGAAWGCGAGGAAAACUUUGUGGCACCGCCCUCCUUUCUGGUCGGCGGCGGCGCGGGCCGGKGCCUGGCCCCCCUCUCGGUGGUCCACUGCCACGAGGGCGAGGUCAAGGUGCAGCUGGACUCGGAGUACCAGCUGUGCCUGAAGCUCGUCGAGGCCAACCCCGAGCAGACCAUCGCRCCGCAAAAGCCCGGGCAUCGGGAACCCUCCCUCGCGCACGCGGACGGAGGAAAGAGCGGGAGCCAGUCCCCCUCCCGGCUGCACGCGUUCUGCCGCGCGCUGCUCCUGUACGCCCAGGACGUCUACCACAAGCACUCGCUGUACCUCCACGAGCGGGAAAAGAAGAUGCGGGAGGACGAGGCCGCGAGGGGCAACCAACCGCKGGGGCUGGCCCGGAUCAAGAAGGAGGACGCCCCGGAGAAGGCCCGGAUCCUCCAGUCCUGCGUUAGUCUGGGAUCCAAGAUGCUCUUCGAGCAACGCAUACGGAAGGCCCUGGCGAGUGUGUCUCGCUGGCUCGAAACCAACCACCGCGAGCGGCUCUCCGUCGAGUGGCUCUCCCUGUCGAUCUUCGACCUGCACUCCAGGUUCACGAUGGUCUGCCGCCGGCUCGUCGUCGACGGGAUGAUUUCCCGCGACGACCUGACGAUCACCCGCAUCGACGACGAGUCCGGGGACCACCGAAAGGUUCAUUUYCGGACGGACAAGGAAUUCGAGCUGUACCUCAAGCUCGAGCUCGAGCGGCAGUUGGCGGCCUAGAAACCAUUGCGGAACCGCUGGCAAUGGUGGCGAUCAUCGCAAUCACAGUUAUAAUUACAUUGAUAUCGAUAAUUAGACGACAGCACAGAAGAAAUACAUCUAGAUUUCUCGGUGCUUUCUUUCCGAUCCAUCUCAACAGCGGAACCUUUUGGAAACUCAAGCACUAGACCAAACCACGGAUGUGGAUGCAGUUGGGGUGGCAUCAAACCCAAGUGGAAACUUCCCAGACCUACUUUCACGGUGGUUGAUUGACCCCACGGGUUGACGAAAAGGAGCGGAGGGUGGUCUUCUUGGUAGGCCGCCUGAUCUGAAUCGAGAGUGGUUAUUAAUUCCUCUGUGUUGUGUGCCUAUAGCCAAUCCUACCUUUAAAAAAUCACAAUACUACAACCGUACAAUAAAUACUCUCAUCAACUCGCACUGGUAUUACCGUGAUGAAGAUGUACGGUAUUCAUUUUGGAAAGUUUGAUGUUUGAUUUGAAACUAACCAAGUACGAGAAGGAUCAUCAAACGCGGACCGUCGUCACAACGUGUUACACCAAAAAUCGAUUCUUCCCACACCUCUUAGAUUCCCGUCAACUCCGAAUUUCAUUUUAAAUAUCUACUGCGGUAUGAAUCGUACAAGUACCCGGUACGUACCGAUAGCAGGAACAUCGCCUAUGUUAGUACUAGUUGCACGAGAUACCAAUCUGAUCGAGUUCCUUCAUGGUCACGUAUCGUACCGUACGUACCGGUACGGGACGCAUAUUUCACCUAUCCAUACGUGAAGUGCUGUACUACCGUACACUUAGUAUCCAAUGUCCAAUGCUUUUGAAGGGGUAUCACUUAGCCCUUGACUGUACUGUACGGUACCGUACGGUACGGCGUACUUUACGGGCACUUAGUUGCUACUCGUACAAGAAUGAACGAAAAACGAAUCCCUCCACUCCGAUUUUGGUUUUGAUUCUAGAAACUCCUGAACCCUCGACCAAGAAACAACCCCCAGAACCUCUCUGCCCGGAACCCACGACGAUCGAAUCCUUCCUUUCCCCACCACAACAAAGGCAUCCGACAACACCAUGAGGCGGUCCCCGAACGAGGGCGAGGACCGAACGACCGGAAGGCCCGCCGCCGGGGGCGGCAACAGCGUCUCCGCUGCCCCUGCGCAACGGCCUUCCGGGAGGACCGACGGCCAGGGCCGGUACGCCACCGCUUCCGGAAGCCUUUCCUCUUCGGCCCCCGCGAGGCGUCCGAAGACCUCUCCGUCGUCUGCGUCUAGGUCCAAAAAGAUUGCCCCGCGCCGCAGCGAUGGCUUCUUUUCCUCGAGCAGUUCCAGCAGCGAAGAGGAAGACGAGGACGAGGACGACGAGGAGGAUUCCCACGAAGAAGACGAGGACAGCGAGGACAGCAGCCUGGACCCGCGGCAGCGCCAGCGUGGCCGGAGCAGCGAAUUCGACAAGGCGGUSCGGUCCGGUCAGGGACCGAGCCACUCGGAACUGCCACAGCAGACGAGGCAGCACAGCAAACCCCCGAACCAAAACGCAUCCGYGGCGAGGGCGACUGCCUCCUUUCGAGGCGCGCAGGAGCGCCGGAACAAGGCRCAGCAGCAGCAGAAACAGCCCCAGCAAUCGCCGCGCCGGGGMCCACCGCCCCCGUACGAGUACGAUCCACACGGGGGAGACGACGGCAACACCGGGGGCGACUUCAGCAGCAGCARCAWCAACAACAACAGCAACGAYGCCGAUCCACUGUCGUCGGGGGUGUUGCCCGAUGCGCUCAUGACGAUGCGYCAAAAAAUAGAAUCUCUAACCCUCUUUGACUCCGACAUGAUGAGGCUGGUCAACGGUGUCAACCACCCCGCCUACUCCAGCGGCAUCGUAGAAGAUCCGAUCGUKCAGGAAACCAGGGAAUCGCUCAAGCGCUCCAGCCAGCAGAGCAUCUCGGCGGCCGUCUUGGUCAGCCUUGCCCACAAGCGCUACGAGCGACGCCGGCUGGCAGCCAUGGAGAUCGAAAAGGUCGUCCGGUCCCUGGUACAGAAGGGCGACGAGCAGCUGGAGCGCGUCCGGGCGAUCCUGCUGCUYCUGAGCGACGACUACGUUCGGUCGACCUCGGAAGACGCCCGCAAGGGCGGGGUGGUGGCCCUCGCCGCCUCGGCCAUCGGGCUCAAGAAGGCCCCGGACAACAACACCAUUGCCCACGAGUGCCGCGAUCUGAUUCUGGCCAGCGUCGUCCACGCCUGCCAAGACCAGAACCAGCGGGUCCGGUACUACGCCACGGAGUCGCUCUUCAACGUCAUCAAGGUCAUUCCCAGCCUGGCCGUCCAGCACUUUUUCAUUCUCUUUGAAAUACUGCGGUCCCUCUAUGCCGACGUUGACGACGACGUCAAGAGCGGGGCCGAGCUCCUCGACAAGAAGCUCAAGGACGUCAUCGUGGUGGCCAUGAACACGGGCCAGUUCACCGCCGAAGCCUGCGUCCCCGUCUUUGCUCGGUUCGUCUACAUGAACAACAAGGACACCAAACGGCUGACCCUUACCUGGCUGCAGGAGCUCACGGAGAAACUCAUCGGGGCACCCAUUCUCGAGUUCUUGCACCUCUUUCUGACGGGGAUCUUUGACAUGAUCGCCGACCCCCAGCCGGCGAUCAAGCAGUCCGCCCUGGCCUUUUUGCAGAGCGUCCUGCCAAAACUCCUGGACAACCACGUCGUGGAGGAGGCCAUCGAUGACUUCCAGACCGCGGGGAUCAAGGUGGAUUUCGACAAGAUUCUCCAGUCCCUCGUCACCACGAUGGAGCACCCCGAUCCCUUUGUCCGAAAAAUCGCCAUGUACUGGAUGUCCAGGAUCGUCAAGGCGCACAUUGGCGUCGAAAAAGGAAAACAGGGAAGGGACGCCGGUGUCUCGUCCUCCAAGAGCGAGGCCGACGACGACGUCUUUCAGGGGCUGGAAGACGAGAACAAAAAACAAAAGAAGCAGCAACAGCAGAAGAAAAAACAGGAAGGCUCGUCCAAGGGGGGCGACGACACGGCGGCACCGCUCAGCGCCGCUACGAUUUCGGUUCGAAACGCCCUGCCGCACGUCCUGCCCGGAAUAUUGCUGAGGUACGUAUGGUAGGAAGAGCAGCGAUAAUGCCCGGAAUCCUUUCGGCAACCCGUACGGCAUUGUUGCAAGGUGUCUUGCACACGACACGACGCUGUGCGACAUGGCACGACGCUGCCCGCCACUCACGAUUCGUUGUGUUCUUUUUUUGCCAGCAUCGGGGACAACUCUCAUCGCAAGGUCACGAGCAGGGAGUACUUCCUUCCGGACACGACCACCCAUACCCUGGCGGACCAGACCAAUGCGUGUUUGCAGCAGGCCGUGAGGAAAGACGGGAAGGCCUACGUUCAGCACCUGGACAGCUUCAUCGUGGCGCUGCGGGAGGAACUGGACAGCCCGGGUGGCGUCAACGCGCGCAACCCGCCCGCCAUCGAACGGCGGCCCUACCGAAUGGACGUCAAGUACGACGGCAGCGGUGAGUUUUGAGUAGAAAGCCCGAGGUGGCUUUUCUUCUGUGUCGCUGUGUGUGUUCGAACAUAUGUGUAUGCGUAUUUGUGUGCCUUUCCGGCAGGACUGAUGAUCAUCUCAACAAUCUUGCCAUAUCCAAUUCUCAAUACGAUCCAUGCAGGCAUCGAAAGCCAGGGAUGGUUCCGUGCGUCCGAUGACACGAAAGAAGCAAACGAGGAUUCCAUGAUGAUGUCUAGGUUGUGCGCCCUUCAUUGGAUCAUUGUCCUCUACGAAAGCGUUGUUCCGGAUGUCCUGAAGGCCGACGUAAGUUGUAUGAAACCGAAUGCUUUCUUGGAGCUCCCUUUUCGAGAUUAACGUUUUAGCUGAUCCAUGUUUCUCGUUCGUAUCGGAUGUUUCAAUGUCGUUUUGUGUCCACGCAGUAUGCCCGUGAGUUCAUAAUACCCAUAAUUCAUCAAUUGGUGGACGAUCCCCCCGAAAAGAUCAUCUACAAGAGUUUAGAGGUUUUGGCAAAGAUAACCAUCCCCGUAAAGGGCGAACACAGCGGCAAGCGAUCUGCGAACAAAUCGUUGUCGGGUCUUGCGCUAUCGUCGCCGUCUUGGGUAGCUCCGACAGUCGGCGAGAAUCGCGACGAAUCCCCGUACCCCAUGAACGAUUCCAGCAUAGGUUUCGCUCUGGACCUACUGGACAAGCAGCGCAGCCUCCUGAGGUCUCGGGAUCGCGAGGUAUUUUCGGCUCUCAUCCAAUUGUACAGUUGCAAUCUACACUUGAUCGGAGAUCUGUCUAGGGUGAUUUCAUACAUGUGUCGGUUGCAACCUCCCGAGUUUGUCUACGUGUCCUUUGCCGUUGAACUGGACAACUUUGUCAGAAGGCAAACACGAAACAAAAAACGAAAGGACGUUUCGCACCAUCUAAUGUCUCAAGAUUAUCAGUUUGUAAGCGCGUUCAUCCAGCAGAUGUGUUUGGUUCUCUUGAAUUCAAAAGAGGCGAGCGAGCUAAGGAAUGUUCUGAAAGACUGCAUAGGCUACGGGAGGGAGGCGGAAGAGCGAGACCGCCGCAGGUCUCGUUUGUUUCACAUCUUGCUGCAUUCGUUCUCGCACAACUUGGUAGCCACAACAUCGCUUUGCUUAUGGGGUGGAGCCUGCCGCACUGCCUCCUUAUUUCUCAAGAGGAUCGAUCCGCUCGACAUCAGCCUUGUCUUCUUGCUCGAGCUGGACAAGCUCGUGGAGAUGAUCGAGCGACCUCUCUUUCGAAACCUGCACGUCCGGAUGCUCGAGACAGACAAGAACCCCUUGGCUGAAGGAAGCGGGACGAUGCUCUUUCAGGUACUGAAGAGCAUUCUCAUGCUACUUCCACAGAGCGCCUGCUACAACAUUCUUCGGGACCGCCUUGUCAGCAUGUCUCGCUUUCGACAAUCGGUGAUCGCCAACGAUUCCCACGACGACGAACAAAACCUUUCCAAAGAGACCGAGGUGUUUGUCUCCCGCGUCCUGAGCGUCCGCCGGAUGCACUGCAGAACAGUUUGGGAAACGAUCCGAGCGGAAAGCCUUGAAAGCAUACCAUCGCGUGGUCCCAAAUCCUCCGCCGAGACGAAGGACGAGGAAGGCCAAAGCCGACCAGAAGGGUCCGAUCGCCGAGAUUGGCUUGGCUAUUCUUCCGUGGAGGAGGAGGCCACGGCAAAGGCAAAAUACAAGCAACAAAACCUGAACAUGGUGGCGGGAUCGGAAGGGGUAGAAAUCGAAGAAAUCACGGGCAGCUACAAAGAAUUCCCAACGUUUCCAUCGGAUGCAUUCACGGAGCUCGCUCCAAACGACGAACCAGCUCCUGUCAGUUUCGAACAACAAUCAAAUCCGAACGCAGCCUCGACUGAAGAUGCCAAAGAAUCCAAAGAAGAAGAGCAAGAUUGGAAGGCGUUUUGGUCGGCGUCGGAUACAAAAGCAUAGAUAAUGGAACAAAAUAGUUUUCAUUCC